AUGGGGAGGAGAAGGAGGAGGGAAGAUGUGAGAUGGGAGGAGAGGAGGAGAGGAGGUUUUGGAGGAUGGGACCUGAAUUGGAAAGGACUUACUGGCUGCACGAGUAGAGGAAUUGGUGUAACCUUAGGUCAGCUGCGACUUCGCACACCGAAGAAACUGACCUCUUCAAUCGGCGGCAACACACAACAACAGGGUGGUUCGGAUAUCACGCAGGGACUUGGUGACUCUACACGACCAAUUGACGACGAGAUUUUACAACAAUUUUUACCACCAACCGGCCGAAGACCUAAAUACAAUCUUUCGCAGAGCACUGGAUGCAGAACUGGAAAAAUAUCCUCUUUCUAUGAAUUGAAGGAGCUAGAGAUUUAUAGCGAGGUAUCAGAACUGUUGAAGGAGCAAGAGGAAUUCGAGGCGAAGGUUCUGGAAAGCAAUCAAACGGAUGGAUUGAAUGGUUCGGAUGGGAAUGGCCGGCCAAGAGCAUUUAAUAGCGAUCGACCCCGACAGAGUAGCAUCUUCAGACCUUUUGUUCCAAAGGGAAGACGCCCAAACGCUGUAAGUCGGUCAAUAGAUGAGAGUGUGAAAAACAGUGACGAUGAUGAUGAUGAGAAUACUGUGCUACGCAAGCUGUCCAGACCAAACAAUCAACAAAGCAAAAGCACUUUUUAUGAUUCAAACAAUGGGGCUUUUGGAGCUGUAGAGGAUAUGCAUGCUUCAACGGAGGCUCUCAAGUCUGCACGACGCAACAGUUACAACUACGAGGAUUAUACGGAGCAGGAAUUCAAUGCAAUUUUCUCGUCCAGGAUUACGUUGAAAAAGCGGGCGGUUGGUUUAUAUGUGAAGUCGAAAUACCUCCAGGAUGUCGUAGCUCCGGCAUACGCUUUCCGACCAGAAACGCUCAAACAUAUCGAGGAGAACAUUUUCCCAAUAUAG